AUGGCAAGUCCUCGGGCUUGAAGCACCCUCUCGGAAGCGGACAAGCGCAGGCACGUUUGAGACGCACAUAGAAGUUAGCAAGCGUGUUUCAGUCAGUAACCUGGAAUUUAAAGCCGACUUAGCGGCUUCAGUCACCAUCACGUCACUGCAUCAACCACUAUCCGUCUUGUCGCACUACGUACUGAGCAACCAGUUCGUCGCUUUGGCACCACUGAGCUAUCGAUCAAUCACCUCUCCAGCAUUGUUCCUGCAACCUCGAAAGAAAACCGCAAGGAUGGCCGCAGCAAUUAUUCCAGCUGCUGAGCUCACGAUCGUGACGCUCCAGAACAUUGUGGAGGGGAUAACCGGAGUUGAUCGAAAGAUCGCAAUCGGUUUCAAGAACCUCACGGACUAUACCCUCGAGAACUUGGGGGUAUACUUCAAUAGUGGAUCGAGCAAUCAGAGCAUCGCCUAUAAGAUUAACCCUCAAGAAGCUCUUCUGUUCUCUGCGCGCAAGUCGGAUCAUACUGCCCGCGGGACAGUUGGCACAUUCUCCUACUACAUACAGGACGAGGACAAGACGGUCCAUGUGAUGUGGUCCGUCCCCUUCGACUACAACUUGUACUCGAAUUGGUGGAACAUAGCUGUAGUUGAUGGACGUCAGCCACCCGACGCGAAUGUCCAUGAUAACCUGUACAAUGGAUCUGGUGGGAUGCCGUACCCCAACAAACCUGAUCAGUAUAUCAAUAACGAACAGAAGGGCUUCCACUUGUUUGGGAGCAUGACCAACAAUGGACAAGCCACUCUCGAGGUGGAACUGAAGAAGGCUUAAAGUGCCACAAACCCCCAGCAAGUUGUCCCGUGUUCAAGAGUCUUUGGAAAAAGGGCCUGAAAUGUUUGUACAACUUCCUCGUAGUUACUGUGACAAAACAUGUUCUAUGUAUAGUGAAUAUUUGUAAAUGCGGGGGAUCUCAUGGAUUCUCCAUGGAUCUUCCUAGACCUGUGACAUGGUUGGUUUGAAUAUGAUACAUUGCCCUUCCCUAAGACUAUUCGCAA